GAAACGACCUUUCAAGUCCUUACGUUGAAGAGUCAUCGCUACCGCUAGACAAUAGUAGUUGAAUCAUAAAAUAAAGCAAAACAAGGUAACAAUAAUAAAAAUAUAUUUAAUUAAUAUCAGGUCAAAAGUGACACAGUAUGUAAUAGCAAAGACUUUAUAUGCUAAACAAGAAGAUACUGAUAAAAAGAACACGGUUGGUUUAUUAGUGGUCCUUUUCAGCUUUUGCGUGUGGACUAUGUAGGUAGCUGCUUGGUAAUUGGUAUGAAUAACCCUUCUGUCUUGGACUGAAGAAGGCCAAGAAGGUGGGUAAAGAGUGAAGACUUUAAUUAGUAGUAGUUGCUGAGGACGGUGGAUAACUUAAAAAGACAUUAUAUCACCAAUAUAAAUGUGCUAUAUCAAGAUCUUAACCCCUUACCCUGAAAUACCAAAAAACUUUCUUUUAAAAAAAGAUCCAUGGUUCAGUACUAUUGUGAAAAGAGUUUCUUGCUUGCUUCUUUUCAUGUAAUAUUAGUUGCAAGUAUUGCAACUAUAUCACAUGCACAAGAACCACUGGCCUUCAACUACGAUCAAUUCGCCGACAGAGGAGAUACCUUGUAUACUUCCGGUGAUGUCUAUGAUGAUAAUGGAUCCCUUCAACUCACGGAGCAGAAGAAAGAUAGCUUCGGCAGAGUCACAUAUUACAAACAGUUUCACCUUUGGGACAACAACACAGGCAAGGUCACAGAUUUCACAACCCAUUUCACUUUUUCCAUCAACACCCCAAACAAAUCCUACGAUGGCGAUGGCAUCACCUUCUACCUAGCACAGCCCAGUUUGCCAGUCCCUGAUCCAAGAGAUGGCAGUGGCAUUGGUCUCCUGAGCCGUGAUCAACUCUAUACUCCAAACUACACAAAAGAACAUCCCUUUGUGGCAGUGGAAUUUGACACUUUUUCCAAUGAUUGGGAUCCUCCGUUUGACCAUGUUGGUAUUGAUAUAAGAGAUAUCAGGGGUACUUACACAACACAAUGGUUCAGUAGCAGGGAUGAGAGAGGUUAUGAUGCUGUUAUCACUUACAAUUCUAGUUCCAACAAUCUGAGUGUGGCUUUCACAGGGUACAAGGAUAAUGUCACAAAAAUUGAGCAGCACUUAUCUUGUGAAGUUAAUCUGAGAAAUGUUCUGCCAGAAUGGGUUGAGUUUGGAUUCACUUCAGCAACGGGGUUCUACUUUGAGUAUCACACCCUCAGCUCAUGGUCCUUCAACACUAGUUUGAGCACUCAUGAAGCAAAUGACCAGAAUAGAAGCAAGAAAGGCUUGGUGAUAGGGCUAGGUGCUGGUGCAGGUGUUUUAAUAUGUGUUUUAAUGCUGGCUUGUUUUAUGGGAUGGAAGCUGAGGAGCAGAAAAAGGAGAGACAGUUUUGAUGUUGCUAUGGACAGAGAUUUUGAAAGAGGCACUGGACCCAGGAGGUUUUCUUAUGAAGAACUUUCUAGAGCAACUAAUAAUUUUGCAAAGGGACAUAAAAUUGGAGAGGGAGGUUUUGGUGGAGUUUACAAAGGAUUCUUAAGAGAUUUGAACAUCCAUGUUGCCAUUAAGAGGAUAUCUCAGGGAUCACAACAAGGGGUGAGAGAGUAUGCAUCGGAAGUCAAGAUUAUUAGCCAACUGAGGCACAAGAAUUUGGUUCAGCUCAUUGGAUGGUGUCACCAGAAGAAUGACCUGCUGUUGAUUUAUGAGUUCAUGGAAAAUGGAAGCUUAGAUUCCUAUAUAUUCAAAGGUAAAAGCUUGUUGACAUGGGAAGUAAGAUAUAACAUUGCUAGAGGCUUGGCUUCAUCUUUAUUGUACUUGCAUGAAGAGUGGGAACAAUGUGUGCUUCAUAGGGACAUCAAACCCAGCAAUGUUAUGUUGGAUCCUAAUUUCAAUGUGAAGCUUGGAGAUUUCGGGUUAGCAAGACUGAUGGACCACGGGACAGAAUCGAAAACGGCGAGUUUAGCUGGAACAAUGGGAUAUCUGGCUCCUGAAGCUGCCACACGAGGCAAGGCAAGCAAAGAGUCAGAUGUGUACAGUUUUGGAGUUGUUGCAUUGGAGAUAGCUUGUGGAAGAAGGAUCAUUGAACAAAAUCUAAUCGCAAAUCAGAUCCACUUGGUGGAUUGGGUUUGGGAACUGUAUCCCACAGGUAAUCUUCAAGAAGCAGCGGAUCCAAGAUUAUAUGGUGUUUUUGAUAAACAAGAAAUGGAGAGGUUAAUGAUUGUUGGACUUUGGUGUACUCUAACUGAUUACACUAUGAGGCCUACGAUAAGGCAAGUGGUUCUUGUGCUUAACUCUGAAGUUCCAUUGCCCACUCUCCCAUCACAACUUCAUUCUUCCAACUAUUUCGUCCCAAGGACAAGUUCUGCUUCUGGAAAUAACCAAAGCCAUCCUUCAACUUCAAGCAAUAGCUCUCUCACCACGGCGUCUUCACAGUCUAGCACCACUGCAACUUCAGAAUCCUCUAAACUUCUAGGAACAUGAUGUUCAUAUUCUUAGCAAUUUUAUGAUUAUAAUUAUUUCUUUCUUUUCAACAUGAAAUUGUAAAUAAAUGUUUGACAUUUGCUGCUUUUAUAUAUUUUACCCAAUUCAUUUCUUCAAUCGCUUGUAUGUCAUCCAGUCAUUCUCCUAAAACGAAAUUUGGCUCUAGGGUGUUGAAAAUUCCGGAAAUUCUUUACAUAUGUUUAAUCCAAUGCUCUGUUUUUUA